AUGACUACUCGACCGGCCGAUGCCCAGCGUGUUGCCUCACACGGACGCGGAGGCGCUGGCAACAUUGCCAAAGACGACCCAGCAAACUACACCAAACCCGAAGACCUCGUCACGCCCACGCUCAAGUCAGACACGUACACGACGGGUCGUGGAGGAACAGGCAACAUGGCACGCAACGACCCCGAGCAUCCUGAGAUUGCGCGAGCAGCCCAGGACGUCGAGGGCGCCCCCAAGACAGAGCCCCAGGGCCCCAAGCACUAUGGUCGAGGCGGCGCUGCCAACGUCAUCGAUGAUGAAGCUACCACUACUCAGCACAAGACCGACGACCACAAUAACAACAAUAACAACAACAACGCUGCUGCUGCAAAGGGCUUAAUCGGCAAGGGCAAGGACCUGCUCAACAAGCUGGGCAAGAAGUAA